AUGCACUAAAACUGCCAGAUAUCGCCCGCCUAAAACCGAAAGACAAGGAAGACCACCAGGGGCAGUAGUGGUUCGCCAGUUUAGGUAAACUCACAGAAGAAGUUGACGUCCGAGGAGGGAAUUUUAAUUACAAAAAGCUCGGGAUGAGUGAGGAAGACUCCAGGAGAGGUUCAUCCAGGGGCGGUGGUAGAGGAUGGAGAGGCAGCAGAGGAGGAUGGAGAGGAGGAGGAUGGAAGAACAGGCCAUGGAGAGGAGGAGGAUCCACAGGGGGUGGAAGAGGCUCUGCAGGAACUUGGAGAAGGGGUGUUGGAGGCGGAGGAUCACCAAGUCCGACCUAUAGUUCUCAGAGAGUCCCUUUUCAGACCACUCUGGACGCCUCAUGCCCAUACAAAGGUUGGAGCCUCUACUUCACUGAAGGAUUUAUACAGAGCUCCCCCAGUGUGGAGAAGAUCAAAGUAUUUGAGAAAUAUUUCACCUCCAGGAUUCAUCUUUUUGACAAAGAUGAGAUCGAGCGCCAGGGCAGCGUGCUGGUGGACUACGCUGACCUGACCGGAGACCGAAGCGUGAGUCAAGCGCUCCCUGAUGUGGUCACGGCACUGAAAGAGCAGCCGGAGGUGAUGCUCAGCUGUUUGGGCUUGGCCAUUCAUCAGGUGUUGACAACAGAUUUGGAGAAACAAGCUGCUGAGCUGCAUGACGAAGAACUUCCCGUUUCUACACCAAUCAUCAAUAUUCCUCAUAUUAGUGCGAGGCUGUACAACUACGAGCCCCUGACGCCGCUGCGCACGCUGCGCGCCAGUGUGUUCGGGCGGCUGGUUUGCGUGAAGGGAACAGUGGUCCGAGUCAGCAACAUCAGGCCGCUGUGUACCAGGAUGGCUUUCAGGUGCCAGACGUGCACCAGCGCCAUGUCUCUGCCGCUGCAGCACGGAAAAUAUGCCACGCCCACCAAGUGUAUCCAACCUGGCUGUCGCAGCCGCUCGUUCGCCCCCCUCCGCAGCUCUGCUCUCACUCUCACGGUCGACUGGCAGAUCAUCAAGGUGCAGGAGUUGAUGGGUGGAGAGCAGAGGGAAACUGGACGAAUCCCGCGCACCGUCGAGUGUCAUCUGACCUCCGACCUGUGCGACAGCUGCGUCCCUGGAGACACGGUUAUUGUGACGGGGAUUGUGCGCGUCAACAAUGACGGCAGCUCCAGAGGAAACAAGGACCAGUGCAUGUUUCUCCUCUACAUUGAUGCUACUUCAGUCAGCAACACCAAAGGUCAGUUGUCAAAGUCUGUUGGUGAGGAGUCCAGCGGGUCACUUGAAGAUCGCUCAGGGGGAGAGGAGUUCAGUCUGAAGGAGCUGUAUGCCGUCCAGGAGAUCCAGUCACAGCCUGACUUACUGAGACUUCUUGUACACUCUCUGUGUCCUGCUAUCUACGGCCAUUCGCUGGUGAAGGCUGCUCUGGCUCUGGCGUUAUUUGGGGGCAGACAGAAGCACAUGGGCAAGAACAGCGUUCCGGUCAGAGGAGACCCUCACAUCCUGAUCGUGGGAGACCCCGGACUGGGAAAGAGCCAGAUGUUACAGGCUGUGUGCAAUGUUGCUCCAAGGGGCAUUUAUGUAUGUGGUAACAGUACCAGCACAACAGGUCUAACGGUCAGUUUGUCCAGAGACGCAGGAACAGGGGAUUAUGCACUGGAGGCUGGCGCCUUAGUGUUGGCUGAUCAAGGUCUGUGUUGCAUCGAUGAGUUCGAUAAGCUGGGGAACCAGCAGCAAGCUCUGCUGGAGGCCAUGGAGCAGCAGUCUGUGAGUCUGGCGAAAGCCGGGAUUGUCUCCUCUCUUCCUGCCAGAACAUCAGUCGUGGCUGCCGCUAACCCUGUAGGAGGACAUUACAACAGAGGAAAGACGGUCUCUGAAAACCUGAAGAUGGGCUCUGCUCUCCUCUCCCGCUUCGAUGUUGUGUUCCUCCUCCUGGACAUCCCCGAUGAGUCACAUGACCGCUGCCUGUCGGAGCACGUCAUGGCGAAUAGAGCUGGGAAGGGCAGAAGCAGUGGCGCCGUGGUCACCAGGGCCAACGGUGAAUCAGAGACCUCCAUCCUGCUGCAGCACUCAGACAUGCCGCUGUCUGAACGACUGCAGGUCCCUGCAGGUCAAACUCUGGACCUGAUUCCUGCAUGCUUGUUAAGGAAGUACAUCAGCUACGCUCGGCAGUAUGUCCAUCCCACUCUGUCCCCUGAAGCGGCCCAAACCCUCCAGGAUUUCUAUCUGUCCCUGAGAUCUCAGGCCAGCUCAGCCGAUUCCACGCCCAUCACCACCCGACAGCUGGAGUCUCUCAUCCGGCUGACUGAGGCGAGGGCAAAACUAGAGCUCCGAGAAAUGGCUACCAGGGGCGAUGCGGAGGAUGUGGUGGAAAUCAUGAAGCACAGUCUGGCUGACACCUAUUCUGAUGGUCUGGGAAACCUGGACUUUGAGCGCUCGCAGCUCGGCUCCGGCAUGAGCCAACGCAGCGCUGCAAAGCGGCUGGUCAACGCGCUGCAUUCCCACGCUCAGAGGACCGGCCAGAAGCAGUUCGACCUCCAGACGCUUCGAUCCAUGGCGGAUAAACUCAACAUCAAGGUGGGGGAUUUUCAAGGUCUCCUAAGUUCACUGAAUGAGCAGGGUUUCCUGCUGAAGAAAGGACCCAAGCUGUAUCAGCUGCAAACCAUCUGAGCUGGUGAAGAGCAGCAGGCCUGUGGCUGCAAAGUCAGUGUUUAGGAUGAACCCCAAAUCUAUUUAUCUUGAUAUUUGAAAACAUUUUCAUUCAUACGCCAUUAGUUGGUCAUGCUAAGGCCUCGCAAAACUGUAACAUAAAACAAAGAGGAUGCAGAUGAACACUUUUUGAUGAGUCUGAACUGGCCAGUAUCAGUUAGACUUGAAGGGCUGUUGAAACAAUUUUGAAAAAUAUUUGGAAAAUUCAGAUGUUUUUUUUAUGGCACUGUUCUAAAGGAUUUAUUCUUAUUUCACAUGUUUCUAGGCCUAAUAAGUAAGAUAAAAGAUUAUCUAGUUUUGUUUAUUUAAUGUAAAGUGCACUUUUAAAUAAAGACAGUAUUUGUAUAUAUAUUCUUGAACAAAUGUUUACUGGCUUUGAUUCUUACAAAUGGAGAUGAUUACAAUACAUUUUAUUUGAAAUUUUA